AUGAAAACUCUGGAGCAAGAUGGAGUUUUCAUUCCAUUACUUGGCAGAUGUGUUAAAGCUCAGGAGAAUGGUACAAGCUGUUUUGGGGUGAAAAGACAUUGUGUUAUCACCGAAACACUUGCCCACUUCAGCGUUCACACAGGCUAUCCUCCAGAUAUUAUGCAUGAUCUGUUUGAGGGCAUAGUGCCAGUGGAGCUUGCACGGUUUGCUUAUGAUACUCAGCUACAGCUGGACAGGGCCAAUGCUGCUUUUAAAGAAACUGGAGCUUUGUUGAAUCCUAAUACUAAACUUAAAUCUGCUAUUCUUGAUGGCUUAGCUGAAACGAUCGUCAAGUACAAAGUGUACCUCUCUGACAGGGAGUUUGAUGAGGUAGCAGAAGCUCUGGUAACUACACAUCCAUGUUUAAAAGAGCCAGGUUCAGUGACUGGGUAUGGCGGAUGGAAGACAAGCCUGAAGUAUAAACUUGCUAACUACCGAACAAAACUCAGACAGCUUGGAUGCCCUGAAGUUACUGUGAAUGCCUUAACACACAAACCUGAGAGCAAAUGCAGUCCUGCAUAUGGUGUAAAGAAGCCGAAAAAAGCCGAAGUGAAUUACUGCCCCACCUAUCCGGCCGGUGAAACAGCUGAGACACUAGAAGAGAUAAGAGUGGCACUCCUCUCUGAAGUAAAGAAGAGAAACCAUGAGCACAAGUUGGCGGCAAUGAUGGACAAGACCUUUGCACUCAGAAGGCAAGAGGUAGUUGCAGAGGCCCCCAUGAUAGCUGAUUUUAAAACGAGGUGGCCAGCUCUCUUCAAUGUGCGUGAGGUGAGUGCAGAGUUCAAGAGAAUCACAACGGUCCAUUUGCAGUCAAAGUUCUUCUCCGAGCUUGAUGUUCACUCUGCAAACCUGAUAAAGGCGUAUGCCAAGAAAGGUGGAGUUCAAGGGAGAAAAAUCAAGACCAUCAUGGCACCCAUAACCCAGACUAACACUAUUGAAGUGAGAAGAGAAUGCAUCCUCAAAGGUCUCUGCGUGUACCUUAAUGAAGAUCCAGAGAAGCUGGUGAAGCAAUACCUGGAUGUCGAUGAAAACACUCAAAUGGCCAUAGCGGAGACAGUAUUUGGAAUCUUUGUCAUUCAACCAGAAGGUGCAGAGCCUGGCGAUGACCCCGCGGAUGUUGGGAUUGUCCUGGAGGGGGUGGAAGUGAUGAGUGAGUUGGGCAAUGUAGCUUUUGCUGUGGUGAUGUUGCUGGGUCUUGUCUACGCGCUAAACUUGAGCUACCCCCAAGAGCUCAAGUACACUUUUGAGGUUCUGCAGAAGAUCAUUAUGGAAUUGAAUGGAAACAAACUAUCCAACAAAGUGCAAGUUCUCAAAACACUGCUUUCCCGUUAAGAAACAUAGCCAUAGCAAAAGCUACACCAUUUAUAAUCAGUCCUUAAAGACCCUGUGCAAUCCAAAACAAGAUUUAAAAGUAGUUAUAGU